AUGGGGAGUACAUCACAAGGCCGUGGGUGUUCUAGGGUUCCGGGUUCUUCUAGGGUUUGUGGGUGUUCGAUGGGGAGUACAUCACAAGGCCGUGGGUGUUCUAGGGCUCGUGGGUGUUCGAUGGGGAGUACAUCACAAGGCCGGGAUGGGGGUCUUUCUUGGCUGAACACGACGACUCAGAUGAGUGCUCGAAGACGAUGGGGCGAAGCAUCAAACGGUGACGAUGUGUCUUGUGAUGCUUCGAAGGUCACGCCGGGGAUCAUUCCGGGAUGGGGGUUUUGGGAUUUUGAUGGCCCGAAGCCGAUGGUGGACGGUGGACUCUGUUUCGUGAUGGGGCAAGAUGAGGGAAGAUGGUGGACGGUGGACAACGUUCGGGAUGGGGUUUCAAAGAAAAAGAUGAGAAAUAAUGGUGACAUGCAGACAACUACAAGGUCAUUGCUGGAUGAUCUGCGUAGCUUUGACAAGGGUGGCUUCUUCGACCUCGGCCACCCUCUCCUUAACCGCAUCGCCGAGAGUUUCGUCAAAGCAGCCGGGAUCGGAGCUAUUCAGGCUGUGUCCCGUGGGGCUUAUUUUACAGCCAUUGAAGGAGCAGGACUUGAUUCGGGUACUGGUGGUCUGCCGGCGGAGAUCUCAGGUGCCAGCAAGAAGCAUCGAUUCCGGGACCUCAAAGGAGAAACCAACAGAAAGUCUCUCGAAGCCAUGGUGAAGAACACCGGAAAAGAAUCCAUGCAGUGGGGACUGGCUGCAGGAGUGUAUUCAGGUCUCACGUAUGGGCUAAAGGAGGCUCGUGGAAGCCACGAUUGGAAAAACAGUGCAGUCGCUGGAGCUAUUACUGGUGUGGCAUUGGCACUUACAUCUGAGGACUCUUCCCAUGAGCAGAUAGUGGAAUGCGCAAUCACUGGAGCUGCGAUUUCCACUGCUGCAAAUCUCCUCGCGGGGAUAUUUUGAGGUGGUGGUUGAUAUGCUACCAAAAGAUAUUUAAUAGCCUUCCUGUUUAGUUUUAUAUCUAUAUGCCCUACCAAGUGAAUCACUCUUUGUGAUUUUCAACUAAACAAAAAGAGAGAAUCCUCAUUGUGAUUUCCAGUCAUCAUCAAUAAAAUGAGCCGUGAGACAUGUAGUUGAAGUUUUGCAGAAA